GCGUCGAAAGUAAAUGUACUGUUAGUUUACCCUAAGGAUUAAAGUCAUUAAUGCUUGUUUGUUAGGGAGACAAACAUCAGUUGGAUGUCUGUUAAACGCGGGAUAUUUUUGUCACUUUGGAUUUGACUGCUGUCUUUGUUGGGGGCAUGACAAAGGAUGGAGAACUGUGGGUAUGUUUUCCAGAUUUCUGGGAUCAAAACCUGCGAUAAGAAGAGGGCUUUGGUUCAGGGAAUCAAUAAGCUGGGUGGAAAAUACAUCGGUGGCUCAGUAUACAAGCAUGGUAUCACCCAUCUCAUAACCCCCCAAGUUUUGUCCAGUGAGAAGUUUCUGGCUGCCUGUGCUGCAGGAAAGUGGGUUGUGACUCCAGAAUAUGUGUUGGACAGUGUCAAGUAUGGCUCCUGGCUGGCAGAGGGUCCUUAUGAAGUGGCUAUUCUCACAAAUUCCUCAACUUCUUUCCACCCUGUGAGACAGUGGAGGGAGAAGGUGGCCAAUGGUAAAAUAAAAGGUGCUUUCCAGGGAUGGAAAGUACUGCUCAUAGUUCAAGAGCCCACCAAAAGAGCCAUGUUCAGACGGCUGCUUAACGCAGGCAGGGCAGAAGUAUACAACUCCCCUCCUCCCUCUUACACCUCAAUAACUCAUGUCUUGGAAAAACCUGUGACGGAGAGCUCAAAAUCCUACACUGCUCCUUGCUACCCAGUGAGCCAUAUAGUCCAGCACCUCUUUGGGAGCAAUCUUUUGGAGAUUCAUUUCCACAUAAGAGAACCUUUUGCAGAGAACAAAGCUAGCUUUCCUAAGGAUGACCUCUCUAACUUGGAGGCAGAGCUCAAGAGCUAUGUUACUAAGAAGGAGGGCCGUCCAAGACUGUACUUCCUUGAAUUUCUGGGUUACCAUGACCCUUAUCAUCCUAACUCACAGGCAAUAGUAACAGACUUCCACAAUGUAGGCACCAUGAUAGAAUGCGGCUUCUUCAUUGAAGCAUUGGACUCCAUCAGAAGUGUUUUGUUCCCAGGACUUCUGCCACCAGCAACGUACCUGAUCUCCCUUUUAGAGUACGCACAGCAGGGUAACACCACGUCUGUCUUCCUGAGAAAUUUCCAGCAGGUCAUGGACAGCCUGCUUAUUACCAACCCUCCAUGGCUGGCUCCUAGCGCAGUGAAAAAAUAUUAUACUCAAGUGUUGCAGUGUCCUCGGUGUAAAAUGGGCUUGUGGCCUUUUCUGGAGUCAGCAAUCAGUUACUGCUUGUCUCGAGAUGUCACCUGUCAUCCGCUGCCUGGACCUGAUCUGCCAACACUGGUUCAUUUCUAUUGUGACAUCGUGGCACUCUGCCUAAAGCUCUUUCAGGGAGAACUCUUCGCUCUCACCACUAGAGACUUUGGGCUGCCACAGGGAACUCAAGUCACGUCCACCUCCACAUCGGGCUCAUUAAUGUAUGGAACCUUCUGGACCAUUUGGGAACGCUCCACGUUGUUGUCCUGCGCUGUGAAACGACUAAUUCACCUCUUACUACAGGCUGCCAUGAAGGACUACACUGCGGGAGAUGACAAGCAGAAGCUGGAUUUGGCAGACAUGCUGCUGCAGCUGCUUACUGUGUUGGUGGAGUUCUGGUGUCAGCAGCACCUCAGACUGAACAGGAGCCUGGUGGAAAGAGGCCUCAGGGACCUAUCGGAGCACCUUUCUCUUAUUAGCCAGGAUUUAUCUCCAGCUGUUUUGGUAGAGCUGGUUGCCAGGGUCCGCUCUACCAGAAUAAAGAUGGUGAUGGCUGAUGGCAUAUUCAGGAACCUCUGCUGCAGAAAUGGAUUUACUCUGGGAGAUGAACCUCUCUCUCUCAAGAAAAUGGUGCUUUCUUACCUGCCUGCUCUGGGAUGUUUAGCUCAGGGCCCCAGUGGUGCUUACCAAACGAAUUGUCCCACCUCCCACAGCUGCACUGGGGAAGGAAGCGGCUGCAGAACUCAGAGCUCCUCGGUGAAUGAAACAUGCCUGGAGAGGGAGAACAUCCCUAAAGGGUUGCACAGAGUCAACGCAGCAGGAGAGACCCUCCUCCACAGAGCUUGCAAGAGGAACCAAGUGGAAACAGUGCUUCAGAUCUUGGCGCGUCCUGGCAUCGACGUCAAUGUUAAAGACCAUGCAGGAUGGACCCCUCUGCAUGAAGCGUGCAACCAUGGGAGCACUGAGUGCGUGGAAGCUUUGCUGCAUCACCACCCCACCCCCAUCCUCAAUAACCAGGUGGGUGGAGUGAGUCCUCUGCAUGAUGCACUUCUCAAUGGACACAUGGGCAUUGCGAAAAUGCUGCUGGAACAUGCAGGCUCAGUUCUCCUCCAGCAGACUGAUGGAGAUGGACGCUUCCCACUAGAUUUGGUCUCUGCACCGAGUCAGAGGGAGGAGCUCCUCCAGAGCACGCAGGUCGGAGACUUGACCCUGAGAAACCAAGUGACGGAGGUCUUGAACCUUCCCCUCCUGGAGGCUGGAUCCUGUCUCCUGGGUCACCUCCUUCUCUCCUACCAGCUGGAGAGGGGCCUGCCUGGCCACACGCAGCCUGGUGACAAGCCCCACAGCCUGGGCUCCAAGCUGCUCAGAGCACUGGAAAUGCACUCUCUCCAAACAGUGACUUUGGGCUGGACGGAUCAGCGGGCAGUGAGGCUGGUGGAAGAUGUAGAGACCCUGCUGGAGCUCAGCCGAGGGGAGCACCAGGAAAAGGUGUGUCUGGCUGUGAGAGAGUGCAAAGGAGAGAACACAAUGUUCCUAAUGGAGAUACUGGAGAAUCUUAGGUCUCGUGGUGAAGCACGAUUAAUGUGGACAGAAGAUGGAGGCAGUGAAAAAGACUUGACUGCAUAAACUGUCAUUGAAUGUUAAAAAUAUCUGCACAGACGACAAACACCUCCUGCCUUCACUACUUGGUUACUUCGUUACUUAAUAAGCAUCUUAUUUUGAAGUUUUUCAUUUGUUUGCAGAGAUACUAUAUUAUACUUAUUUAUUGACUACACAAUUUAUUUUCUUCUGUUAGAUUAUUUUGGUUUACAUAUUUUGUACUAAAAGUUUGUAUUUGUUGUGUACAUUUUAAACUCUUGUCUUUUUUACAUUUUAUAUUGUAUUCUGUAGAUUACCUUUUUUUUCUUUUU